UAAGGGACAGGUAAAAGUUCACUCUUUGUCACCCGGGAUGCAGGAAAGGGAACUGAGGCUGAAAAGGUGUUUAAGAAAAUGUGUAGAAACACUCUGGAAUCUUAGCUCACUUGCUCCAAGAAGCUUCAUCCCCGCAACCUCUCCAUUGGAAUCUAUACGCCAUUGACCCUAUAGGAUUCUACUUUUAAUUCUUCACCACUUCAUUCAAACUCAUUUUUGUCAACAUGUGCACACCAGAGCCCACCUGCCCUGAAAAUGCCACCAUCUGCUCGGGCACAUCCUGCCUAGUGCCGCGAGAUCCGUUCAAUGACAUUCUCAACGUGGUGAUGAGUACCACGCUUACCGUCAUGCUUGCCUUGGUCAUGUUUUCAAUGGGCUGCACCGUCGAGGCAAGAAAGCUCUGGGUACACAUCCGCCGGCCAUGGGGCAUUUUUAUCGGUUUCCUGUGCCAGUUUGGCAUCAUGCCUUUCACUGCCUUUGCGCUUGCACUAAUUUUCAACGUGCUUCCAGUCCAGGCUGUAGUUAUCAUAGUUAUGGGCUGUUGCCCUGGAGGUUCCAGCUCCAAUGUUUUCUGCUACUGGCUUGACGGAGACAUGGACCUGAGCAUCAGCAUGACGGCAUGUUCCUCAAUCCUGGCUCUGGGAAUGAUGCCUCUUUGUCUGUUCAUCUACACCACAGUCUGGACUUCAGGCGAUGCUAUCCAGAUCCCUUACGACAGCAUCGGGAUCACGUUAGUGAGUUUGCUUGUGCCUGUCGCCCUUGGGAUAUACACAAAACAUAGAUGGCCUAACGCAGCCAAAAAGAUCCUCAAGGUGGGAUCCGUGGUGGGAAUCCUCCUAAUCAUCAUCAUUGCCGUCAUCGGUGGUGUGCUCUAUCAGUCCUCAUGGACCAUUUCUCCUUCGCUUUGGAUCAUCGGUACCAUUUAUCCAUUUAUCGGCUUUGGGUUGGGCUUUCUCCUCGCACGCUUUGUGGGACAACCUUGGCACAGGUGCCGUACCAUCGCAUUAGAAACUGGCAUGCAGAAUGCCCAGCUGGCAAGUACCAUUACCCAGCUGUCCUUCACCCCUGCAGAGCUUGAGGUCAUGUUCGCUUUCCCCUUAAUCUACAGUAUCUUCCAACUGGUUGUGGCUGUGGUUGCAGUGGGACUCCAUUACUCAAUCAAGCACUGUAGGCAGAAGAUAUCAGCGGACGAGGAUGGGGAAGGCACCGUUGAGGAUCAGAAUAAGCAGAAUUACGCCUUGGAGAAUGGUGGCUUUCACUGUGAUGAGAACGGCAACUCUGAGGAUAAGGACAAAGGUACAAAGUUGUGAGCUAAACAUCUUUCUGCUAGCCUGACUGGUCAACGAUGAUCUUCUGGAGACAUGAACUGUAAACAAGCUAUAAGCUCAAUCAGAGAGUGAAGAGUUAAAGUCGACCCCAGUCAACACAACUGGAUGCACUUUCCUACAUUAUAUACAUAGGCUAUAUAUAUAAACCUUCAAAU